CGCCGCAACCCUCUCUCCCCUUAAUUCUCUUUCCCGCCGCAGGCAAAACCUUCUCAUAAACUAGUACGAGGUACGAUAAAGUUUAUAUUUUUCUGCAAAGAGUGAUGGAAAAAGUUUAUCUGGGUAUGCCAGAAUCAUGGGCAAAGGAUAAAUCUGAACAAUCUGAUCAUUAUACCACCAAAGUUGGCGGUCUUCCUGACUGGCCAAUGCCAAUUAGUGCUAUUGACUCCAAUCUUCUCAUCUGUAGUAAAUGUGGAAGCAAUCUCUGCCUUGUAACACAGGUUUAUGCACCAUUGUUCACCGACACACUUAAGAUUGAAGAACGCACAUUGUAUGUUCUUGGUUGUAUUGCAUCAAAAUGUGGGAGUUCUCAAGAAAGUUGGAGGGUUUUACGGCUCCAAAAGGCUUCUCCUAGCAAUGGAGACUCGGAAUUAGCCUGUGAUAACAAGUCUUUGAUGAAAUUAGACACUGAAGAUGAUCAUGAUGACGGUAGUGAAACAGAUAAUUACAGCAUGUCUUUGGAAGAGCUUGGCGAUGCACUUGCUGCUAGUUUAUCUUGUAUACAAAAUGAACAUAAUAAUAAUCAUAAUAAGGGCAAGUCUAAGAAUGUUCCAAAACACUCAACUACGAAGAAAACCACGAAAGUGGCUGAUAAAUUAACACCAGUCUUGCCAUGCUUUUAUAUAUAUCCCGAGGAAGAAAAAACAUGUUCCAAAAACAUUGCAACCCUUUGCCCAAAUCUGGCCUCAAUUUCCAUAACGAAUGAGAAUGGUCAAGAACAAGAAGAAACUUGGUUGGAGGAGGCUUACGAGUAUGACAAAGCCUUAACUGCUGACAGGACCUUCCUCAAGUUUAAAAAACGGUUGAAUGCCUACCCAGAACAGUGUUUCAGGUAUUCUUAUGGUGGAAAUCCGCUCCUGCCUUCGGCCAAGAGUGAAGACUCGGGUUCGUGCAAACAUUGUGGUGGAUUAAGAAACUACGAGAUGCAACUAAUGUCACCACUGUUGUAUUUUCUUCAAGAUCAGGAAAAGGAAACUAAGGAACAUUGUAGUCUUGACAAUUGGAAUUGGUUAACCCUGAUUGUGCAUACAUGUUCUAAUAGUUGUUUCUUGAAUCAAGAAGAAGACAGCAAUCGGUCUGAUGGGGGCUGGUGUGUGAUAGAGGAAGCCAUUGCCAUACUUAAUGACGAUGAUGAUCAGUAGCCUCUGCAUUUUCUUAAUCACAUAUCUAUUAUUUAGUUAUUCAAUCUUUUUGUUUUUGAUAUUUAUUUUGCUGUUGUGUUGUGGAUUAUUAAUUAUCAUCAAUUAUA